AUGUCGCCCAGUGUAACUCAGCACGUGAACAGACUGGAGGAGGACGAGAGCGUCUCCACGGAAGCAGAAGCGGCUCUCGAUAAAGUUCAUUCAGAAGGACCUCCCCGUGUGACGGACGGCACAGGGGCCCCUGAUCCUCGGCCAGGCCGAGGGGGCGUGGGCCGGGCCUCUCUGUGGAUCCCAGGCUCUCUCCGCCUGCCCCGGGAAGAGGCAGACCUCAGUGAGGGCCUCAUGCUGGCCGGCGGGCCUGGGGCAGCUCCAGUGAGCGGCUUCCCGUGCCAGCGGCGAGGGACCCGCCGGGUUUGCGCAGCCCUGGUGCCCGCCUCCUGCCCUUGGGCCCUGGGUUCCCUCCACACCACCAGCCCUUUGCUUCAGCGCCGGCAUCUUCUACUGGGGAAGGAUUUGCAGCCAGCGGGUUUGGAGCAAGGCGGAUCCCUCAGGGCAGACGCCGAGCUCGGCCUGCGCACGUGGCUCGGGACGGGCCCAGGUGAGGCAGGAAACGCCAGCGCCCGACGGCUCGGCCAGGUGCGGCCAAGUGGCGAGCGCGUGUCCGAGGCGGGUCUCCGUGCUGGCCUGGCCGCUGCCGCCGUGAGGCCCCAGGGCAGGUCUGAGGACGCGGAGAGACCGCAGGAGAACAGGAGCAUCCGGUCCCCACCCCGCUCGCCUCACAGGGAUCCUAGGACAUUGACACGACCCUCCCGACCUGGCGAGCCAAUCUACCGAAGGGAAAAGCUCACACCCGGCUUGCCGAGGUCCCGCCCUCCAGCUGGGCCGGCACAGCCCGCAUCAAUUCCACGCGGCAUCAGUUCCACGCGGCGCUGCUGGGUCCUCGAGGCACCUGCGCCCAUUCUACAGGCGGGGAGGCCGAGCGCCAGGGUGCAAGGCCACGGGCCGACUGCCGCGUCCAGGGAGCGCCCCGGCCUCAUCCACUCCAGCAGAGCGGGGAAGUAGGAGGAAGCGUGGCUGAAGCGGCCACUGUGUUUAUUUCUGGCCGCUCAGGUCCUUUCUGCACCUCACUGUAGUUUCCAGUGUAUUUACGAUAAGUGUACGUUAUUUUCGUGAUCGGAAAAAGUUAUAGAAACCUUUAGGGGCACGAGCCUAGUGCGUGAAGUGUGUGAGUCCUGGCGGACGAAGCAGAGUUACUUCCCAAGAGCAGCUGGGGUCUACACCCCGGGCGGCCACACGUCCAGCCACCCUGCAGGCCUUUCCUUUCUCACUUUAACCCUGAUUUGUCUGCAGUGGCGUGGGCUCGGUUAAAAACACGUGUGGCUCCCUCGCAGUUAAGGCUGUGUCGAUGAGAGGACAGUGAAACGUACCACGCGAGGCUCCCGGGGAAGCAGUGCGUCUCCUGUGUGUGGUGUGGACGGAGGGACAGGCGCACGGGUCGGUAGGACAGCACUCAAGGCCCCGUAAUAGACCCGCGCAGACGCGCCCAGCUGAUUCCUAAUAAAGGCCAAAAGCCAUUCCGUGGAGGGAGGGCAAGCGUUCCAACAGCGGGACCUCGAGGGGCGGAAAGUGACCCUCCAGCUACCCUUACGCCUCAUUCAAAAAUGCGCGCAAAACGGGUCAGGGAUUAAAUGUAAAGCGACAUGCAAUGAAACUUUAGAAGAAGGAAUCACAGAAAAUGUUCAGGAUGGAAAGCCAGGCGCAGAGUUCCUAGACUUGACGCUUAAAGCGUGGCCCGCUAAAGGACCUUCAGAAACGUGCCGACGCCCGUAAAAGGGACUCUCUCAGGAUGAAGAAACUUUGGUUCGUUGACAGACUCUGUUACGAGGGGACGGAGCGGGAGCGAACGUUGGCCGAAACUAAACACACACCCGGCAAUUACACUCUUGGGGCAUCUGUCCCAGAGCAACGGAGGCCUGUCUCUGCGCAGAGUGGACACAGAUAUUCGUGGCCUCUGUGUUCCUGACAGUGAAAGACUGGAAACAACUCCGGCGUCCUCCGUCAGCAUGGGAUACGGGAGCACGCGGCCGGGAGAGAGCUGAUCGCGCGUCCCCACUUCCUUCCCAUCGGUGGUGACGGGGCGAGUGGGACUCGCCCAAGAAGGUCUUGGCCCCGCCGGACUUCCUUGGGGACUCUGUGCCUCCGAGUCUGGGUGACGGACGCGUAACCUCUGAAGGUGUCGGUAAUGACCGUGGGGGGGCGUGUUCUGAAGGCUCAGGCCUGUGGAGUGACGUGGCUGGGUGUUCCCGUCAGUGGGGCACGCUCGGUGGCUAUUUACCUGUCGCGCGCCGGACACAGAAGGGGGAAGUGAAGCCCAGAGAGGUCACUUGCCCCAGGUCACCCAGCUAGCGAGCGGCAAAGCAGCGAUUUCACCCCCGGAGCUCUGGUUCUCCACUCUGCCUCGGCCCGUGCCGGCUGCCACACCCCCAUCCUCAGAGGGGACGAGCUGGGUCACCAGCUCUAAAGGUGUCUCUCUGGCCUCUGGAGGGCGGACGGUCACCCUGCUGGCGACGGUGAGGCUGUGUCCCCGCCUGUGGUGGCUUAGCCGCAGAUUUCUCCACGGAGGCGGCUCCUUUUCCUCCCUGAGGGGGUCUUGGCCUGAGCCAGGCUUUCUGCCCACACCUGGCCCUGCUUCUCCACCCGGCCCCGGGGCAGCAGAAUCCAGACAAGUGAUGGGGCGUCUGGCCUGGGAAAAGGCCCCUCAGCGGAGAGGGGUGGUCCACGUGGGGCCCGGAGCCUGGCCUGAGGCCUGGUUUUGACGCUCUCUACUGUGUGGCUCGGGGGAGCUCCUUAACCUCUCUGGGCCUUGAUCUCCGGCCCAGCAGGCUCCGACGGGCUGAUUGGAGGUGAGCUCCGUUAUCUCGGGCUCAGAGCCCUCUCUCCUCCCUGAGCAUUGCUGAGCCUUUUGGAACAGCAUCCUGUCGCCGUCGGUGGCCUCUCCCGGCAUUGCGACUGCGAUGCGAGGAGGAGGGAACACGGCGGCCCACGUUCUGUGCCGCUCUCCCCAGGUUGGCCUGCCUUGUGCUGCUAGGUCUGUCUGGGGACAGGGGACUGCCCUGCACACGCCGCCGGCCACCUUCCAGAAGGGCCGCCGAGGGCAUUCUGCACCCAGGUGCGGCGUCCAGGAGAUUUUCAUUCCUGGGCCCGUGCAGGCCCUGUGCUGUCCCCUUCAGGCCCCGUGCUGUCCCGUGAGGCCCCGUGCCGCCCCGUGCAGCAGUGCUGUGGCAUCCCCACUGGAUCGGAGGUUCCUGACCAUCACGGUGCCCCCGACCCCUUCUGGAGUGAAGAUCUCAAAUGUGUCAGAGAACACCCGUGCUCUGGGCGUGAGAGGAGCCAGGCCGGCUGCAGCACACCUAUCCCGGAAAACAAGUCAGGGUUCCACACGGGCUCCCGCGGAGUUGGAGAGGCCGCCCCCUCCCCCCGUUCUGAGCCUGCAGCCUCGUGGGGCCGGGCGGCAUCUGUGGGGUCAGCAGUAAGCCCGCGGGGCGCUAAGUCCCGGGCACCGCCGACCCUUCUGCGCUUUGGGCUGGACACUCGUACCUGCAGAUGCUCCGUUUCAGCACAGGGCCGUGAGGACGAAGGCGUGAUUGUUUCCAGUCCGAGCUCACUGGCUCCUCCCCUGGAGCCCUUCUGCUCGAGACCGAGGACGGGCCCCAGGCUCGCCACCCACGGGGGAGAGAGCACCGCGUUGGAAACCACAGGGCCCGAUCGAUCGUCCGUCGUCGGAAAGGCACGGGGCUGGGCGCCCCCAAGACGUUCCCGUCUGGAAUCUCUAUGGGCAGAAGCCGGGAGUCUGCACUCAACGCUCCGCCCUAGGAGGUGACUUUACACGCUUAGAGCCUGGGAGCAUCGCAAGGACCCAGGAGCUAGUCACCUGCAGGCCCGGACCGAGCGAGGAAGGAACAGCCCCCCAAGGCCUUGACAGGCAAGACUACGGUUUGUCUCUUUCUUCCUCCUCCCUUCCCUCCUUCCCUCCUCCUUUCCCUCCCUCCUUCCUUCCUUCCUUCCUUCUCUCCCUCCCUCCUUCCUUCCUCUCUU